AUGGCCAACGCGCACAAGUACGAGGAUGUGGUCGUGACGGUCUCGGACCGCAUCGGCACCAUCAAGCUCAACCGCCCCAAAUCAUUGAAUGCGUUUGGCGGCAAUCUGAUGCUUGAUUGUGUCGCCGGCCUGCGUGAGCUCAAUGACCACCCGGACACCGUUAUCACCGUCAUUACCGGUGAGGGUCGAUUCUUCUCCGCCGGCGCCGAUGUGCGGGAACAGCGAGCCCCGGAGGACCCCAGCAGCAGCCCCGUUUCGCGCAAGAUCGCCUUCAUGUCACGCUACACGCUCGCCGUCGAGAUGCUGCGAAGCAUGAUCGACCACAAGAAGGUGCUUGUGGUAGCGUUGAACGGCCCUGCCGUUGGUGGCGGAGCCGCUUGGUUCCCUGGAGUUGCCGACAUCCUCCUCGCCUCCGACUCCAGCUACCUGCAAGUCCCCUUCUCGGCCCUCGGCCUCGUCCCCGAAUUCGGCUCCGCCAUCAACUUCUCCCAAUCCCUUGGCGUGCACCGCGCCAACGAGUUCCUGAUGUUCGGCCGCAAGCUGAGCGCCGAGGAGCUGGAGCGCUGGGGUCUCGCGAACCGCGUGUUUCCCGCCGCAUCGUUCCAGCAGGAUGUGCAGAGGUACCUGCAGGAGCAGCUGGCGGUCAACGACGGGAAGAGCAUGAUGGAGGCGAAGAGGUUGAUGAACGCGCCGCUGCGGGACGGGCGCCUGGUCGCGGUGCAGAACGCUAUGGAUGCCUUGUCGGAGAGGUUCGUCGAGGGUGCGCCGUACGAGCGCUUCGCGCUGAAGAGGAAGGAGAUGGAGGAGAAGAGUAAGAAGGCGAAGCUGUGA